AUGCACUUUGGGCAUAUCGAACGGCCUACAAAAACACCCAUUGGCAUGAGCCCUUUUAGGCUUGUAUACGGUAAAGUAUGCCAUUUGCCGGUAGAAAUCGAACACAAAGCCUAUUGGGCCAUAAAGGAAUGCAAUAUGAGUUUGGGUGGAGCCGGAGUAGAGAGAAAGCUUCAAUUGGCGGAAUUAGAAUGCUUAAGACUAGAAGCCUAUGACAAUUCUAGACUCUACAAGGAAAAGAUGAAAGCCAUUCAUGACAAGAACAUUAGGAGAAGGGAAUUUAGACCCGGUGAGCUAGUCCUCAUUUACAACUCAAGAUUAAGAUUGCUACCCGGAAAGCUUAGAUCAAGAUGGGAUGGAACUUACCAAGUAGAGAAAGUAGAACCUUACGGGGUUUACCACUUGCGCCACCCAUCAAGCCCGGACAUUUUCAAGGUAAAUGGGCACCGUCUCAAAUUAUACCAUGGUGAGCAAAGAAAGAACUCCAAGGAAAUUGAAGUGUUCCUCUUGAGGGAUGCACCUCUUGAACAAGAACCUUGA